CGGGGCCGGCCGCUGAUGGAGCGCGCCACCUGCCCGGGGCUGCUCUCGCGGGCGCUGCUGCUGCUGCUGCUGCUGCUGCGCCUCACGGCCGGGACGGUGGCCGCAGGGCACGUCCGCGACCUCCCUGCGCUGUCAGAGGAUGCGGCGCUCGGCCUCGGGGCCGCAGCUGCUCCCACGUCUGCCGCCCGGGUGCCGGCGGCGGGGGCUGUGACUGCGUCUGAGGUGACCGUGGAGGACGCCGAGGCGCUGCCAGCCACUGCGGGCGAGCAAGAGCCGCGGGAGUCGGAAGCCGCAGACGAGGCGGCGCUGCGGCCGCGGGGCAGAUCAUUAGUAAUUAUCAGCACUUUAGAUGGACGAAUUGCUGCACUGGAUCCUGAGAACCAUGGUAAAAAGCAAUGGGAUUUGGACGUGGGAUCUGGUUCCUUGGUUUCAUCCAGCCUUAGCAAACCAGAGGUAUUUGGGAACAAGAUGAUCAUUCCUUCCCUGGAUGGAGACCUCUUCCAGUGGGACCGCGACCGUGAGAGCAUGGAGACAGUUCCUUUCACAGUGGAGUCGCUUCUCGAAUCUUCUUAUAAAUAUGGAGAUGAUGUUGUUUUGGCUGGAGGGAAGUCUUUCACUACAUAUGGACUCAGUGCAUACAGUGGAAAGGUGAGGUAUAUCUGCUCAGCUUUGGGUUGUCGCCGAUGGGAUAGUGAUGAAAUGGAACAAGAAGACAUCCUGCUUCUGCAGCGCACCCAGAAAACCGUUAGAGCUGUUGGACCUCGCAGUGGCAAUGAGAAGUGGAAUUUCAGUGUUGGCCACUUUGAGCUUCGGUAUAUUCCAGAAAUGGAAACUAGAGCUGGAUUUAUCGAAAGCACCUUUAAACCCAGUGGGAACAAAGAAGAGUCUACAAUUAUUUCGGAUGUGGAAGAACAGGAAGCUGCUGUGACCGGCACAGUGAUAAAAGUCUCUGUUGCCGAUUGGAAGGUUAUGGCGUUUAGCAAGAAGGGAGGACAUCUGGAAUGGGAAUACCAGUUUUGCACUCCAAUUGCAUCUGCCUGGUUGGUUAAGGAUGACAAAGUCAUUCCAAUUAGUCUUUUUGAUGAUACAAGUUACAUACCUAACAGUGAAGUUCUAGAAGAUGAAGAAGACAUUGUAGAAGCGGCACGAGGAGCCACAGAGAGCAGUGUUUACUUGGGAAUGUACAGAGGCCAGCUGUAUCUGCAGUCAUCAGUCAGAAUUUCAGAAAAGUUCCCCACAAAUCCCAAGGCCUUGGAAUCUGUCAAUAACGAAAAUGCAAUUGUUCCUUUGCCAACAAUCAAAUGGAAGCCCUUAAUACAUUCUCCUUCCAGAACUCCUGUGUUGGUUGGGUCUGAUGAAUUUGACAAAUGUCUUAGUAAUGAUAAAUUUUCUCAUGAAGAAUACAGUAAUGGUGCGCUUUCAAUCUUACAGUAUCCAUAUGAUAAUGGUUAUUAUCUACCCUACUACAAGAGGGAAAGGACCAAACGGAACACGCAGACCACCGUCAGAUUUCUCAACAACUUCAAUUACAACAAGAAUAUCCGCAAAAAGGAUCCUGUCCUCCUCUUACACUGGUGGAAAGAAAUCGUUGCAACCAUUCUGUUUUGUAUCAUAGCCACAACUUUUAUCGUACGCAAACUUUUCCAUCCUCAUCCUCACAGACAAAGGAAGGAAUCUGAAACUCAAUGUCAAACUGAAAGUAAAUAUGAUUCUGUAAAUGGCGACACCAGUGACAGUAGCUGGAAUGACAUCAAAAAUUCUGGAUAUACAUCUCGAUAUCUAACAGAUUUUGAACCAAUUCAGUGCAUGGGUCGUGGAGGAUUUGGAGUCGUCUUUGAAGCUAGAAACAAAGUAGACGACUGCAACUAUGCCAUCAAAAGGAUCCGCCUCCCCAACAGGGAAUUGGCUCGGGAAAAGGUAAUGCGAGAAGUUAAAGCUCUGGCCAAGCUGGAACACCCAGGAAUUGUUAGAUAUUUCAAUGCCUGGUUGGAAGCACCACCAGAGAAGUGGCAAGAAAAGAUGGAUGAAAUUUGGCUGAAAGAUGAAGGCACAGAUUGGCCACUCAGCUCUCCGAGCCCAGUGGAUGCACCAUCAGUUAAAAUAUGCAGAAUGGAUCCCUCCUCCACAAAAGAAUGUAUUGAAAUCAUAGCUCCUUCACCACAAAGAAGUAGGUCUUUUUCUGGAGGGAUUUCCUGUGGUCAGACAAGUUUAUCCGAGAGCCAGUUCUCUCCACUGGAAUUCUCGGGAACUAACCACAGAGACAUCAGUGGGUCAGUGGAUCCAGUGCACAACCUCCAGGACAGUUGCCUUACGGACUGUGAGGUAGAAGAUGGAAUUAUGGAUGGCAGUGGUGAGGGCCACUCCUUUGAACUCUGUCCUUCUGAAGCCUCUUGUGUAAGGUCAAGGGAGAGAACCUCCUCUUCUAUAGUAUUUGAAGAUUCUGGCUGUGAUAAUGCCUCCAGCAAAGAAGAGCUCAAAACCAACAGACUGCGUAUUGGCAACCAUUGUGCUAAUAAACUGACUGGUUUCCAGCAUUCCAGUAGCAAAUCUUCUUCUGAACCUACUUUGUCUAUUUUUCCUCCAAGACCAACCACUUUAAGUUUAGAUCUCACUAAAACCACUGCUGAAAGACUCCAUCCCAGUUCACCGAAGGUGUACCUUUACAUUCAGAUGCAGCUCUGCAGGAAGGAAAACCUCAAAGACUGGAUGAACAGACGCUGCAGCAUCGAGGACAGGGAGAGGACCGUGUGUCUGCACAUCUUCCUGCAGAUAGCUGAGGCAGUUGAGUUUUUGCACAGUAAAGGACUCAUGCACAGGGACCUCAAGCCUUCCAAUAUAUUCUUUACAAUGGACGAUGUGGUAAAGGUUGGAGACUUUGGACUAGUGACUGCCAUGGACCAGGAUGAGGAGGAGCAGAUGGUUCUGACCCCGAUGCCAGCUUAUGCCAGACACACAGGACAAGUAGGGACCAAACUGUAUAUGAGCCCAGAGCAGAUUCAUGGAAACAACUACUCUCACAAAGUGGAUAUCUUUUCUUUAGGCCUGAUUCUGUUUGAAUUGCUGUACCCAUUCAGCACUCAGAUGGAAAGGGUCAGGACCUUAAGUGAUGUUAGAAAUCUCAAAUUUCCACCACUGUUUACUCAGAAAUACCCUCAGGAGUAUGUGAUGGUUCAGCACAUGCUCUCUCCGUCCCCUGUGGAACGACCUGAAGCUACAGACAUCAUUGAAAAUGCUGUGUUUGAAGAUUUGGAACUUCCAGGGAAAACAGUGCUCAGACAGAGGUCUCGCUCCAUGAGCUCAUCAGGAACAAAGCAUUCAAGACAGCCAAGUACCUCCCAUAGCCCUUUGCCAAGUAAUUUGCCUUAAGUUGUGCUGGCAGCCCAAACAGCUGACACAGAAUAUCCCACCUCUCAGGAAUGUGGCUUUCCAAAAUUGAGGACUUGAAGAUUUUGUUCUUUGCUCAGUUUUAUUUUGGACUACCUUUUCGAAGUCAUAUUUAAACUGGAUUCGGGGGCAUAGCCUAAUUUGAGCCAACUUAUGGUUUUUGCUACAUUCCAGCAGAAGACUGUCACUAAGCUUUUUCACGUGUGGUCCUUUUUCUUCAUUGGUCUCUUGAAACUGGCUGGCCAACUCCAUAGCCCUCAUCUUUUGGCUAGGGAAGUAGACUCGAUCUCUAAAAUAUAUAAAAACUGAAGGAAAAAAAAAAAAGAUAGAGUUAAAACAGAAAUAUUUUUAUAGUACAGAAGUUUAGCAG